AUGCCUCACUCCGAUCAACAACUUGAUGCCCCCGCCCAGUCCCUUCGUGCAAUCAAUUUUACUUUGCCUGAAUUCUGGCAACACGCUCCAGAACUUUACUUCAUCCGCAUAGAAUCAGCCUUUUAUUCUGCCAACGUUACCAAGGAGCUAGCAAAAUACCACAAACUCGUGGAAGUCCUCCCCGCUAGUGUCAUCUCUCAAGUUCAGUCCUUGCUAGCUAAUCCUCCUGCAGAUGUUCCCUACUCCGCGUUAAAGGUAGAAAUCCUCCGACUUAAUUCUGUGUCUGACCGACAGAGGUAUCACCAGUUAAUUAAGGAGGAGUCACUGGGUGACCGGAAGCCCUCAGAGCUUCUACGUCGGAUGCGCUGUCUCCUUGGAGACAUGCAAGUUGAGGAUAAAUUUGUCAAGGAGAUGUUCCUGGAGCGUCUGCCCACAGAUGUUCAAACGAUCCUGGCGUCCGGCUCUCAGGAUCUCACAGUGUCACAGUUGGCUGAGAUGGCGGAUCGAAUGAGAGGUGUAACGAUUCCAGUCACCUUCCGUUGCCCAGAUCUCAUCCUCAUCGUCAGUGAAUGAGCAUUUACUAAAACAUGUGUCGGCCAUGGCAGAUAAGAUGGCCUCUCUUAAAAUACAGCUCGCCCGCCUAACUUCCAGUUGCUCACGCAGUCGUCGUCGUUCUCGUUCGCGACCUCGGACUGCUGAUACUUUCUGGUACCACACUAAUUUCGGCGUAAAGGGCCGUCGCUGUUCCUCACCUUGCUCUUUUAAGCCAAAACAGGGAAACCAGUCAGCCAGAGAAUAGAUGCGACCGUUUCCUCUGGCUCCUCUGGCUCUGGUCGCACCUUCUAUGUUUGCGACACUGCGACUCGCAGACGUUUUCUGGUGGACACUGGAGCUCAAAUCAGUGUUGUUCCCCCAACUGCAGCUGAUCGUCGUUUCCCUAGUCCUGGUCUUCAUCUUCAAGCUGCUAACUGUUCCCCAAUUCCCACUUUUGGCAGUCUGUCCCUCACCCUGAACAUUGGCCUUCGUCGGUCAUUUACUUGGAUCUUUGUGAUUGCUCAUGUCCCUCAUGCAAUCCUCGGCUCGGACUUCCUUGCCGAGUUUGAUCUCCUUGUUGACUGUCGACGUGCCCGUCUCCUCGACCGCACCAGCGGUCUGUUCGUCCGUGGACUAACUCCAUUUACUGCCCCCACCAACUUAUCUGUCCUGGAUACAGAUAUUGCUAGUCCUUUUCGGCAACUGCUGCUUAGUCACCCCAACAUAAUUAACGCCCAGUUUCGCAGUGGUGAAGUUCAACAUGAUGUUGUGCACCAUAUCCGCACCUCAGGUCCUCCCGUGUUUGCUCGACCGAGACGACUAGCACCUGAGCGUUUUCAGGCCGCGAAGGCGGAGUUUGAACACAUGCUGCAACUGGGAAUAAUUCGACCGUCCGAGAGCCCUUGGGCGUCCCCACUGCACAUGGUGCCCAAGGCAACAUCAGGCGACUGGCGGCCCUGUGGUGACUAUCGCGCCCUCAACAAUGCGACCAUCCCGGAUCGUUAUCCCGUCCCUCAUCUUCAAGAUUUUGCUGGAGCUCUUUUCGGCAAAUCGGUUUUCUCGAAGAUUGACCUUGUUCGGGCCUUCCAUCAGAUUCCUGUCGCUCCUGAGGAUGUUCCCAAAACUGCCGUCACCACACCAUUCGGCCUGUUCGAAUUUAUUCUCAUGCCAUUUGGUCUUCGCAAUGCUGCCCAAACAUUUCAGAGGUUCAUUGAUCGAGUCCUACGUGGUCUCCCGUUUGUGUACGCCUACAUCGAUGACCUCUUGGUGGCCAGUCGAAAUGCCGAGGAACACAAAGAGCAUCUUGCCUUAGUGUUUGACCGCCUCGAUCAGUUUGGCGUGGUCAUUAACCCUUCCAAGUGUGUUCUGGGUGUGCCGUCCCUUGAUUUUCUUGGUCACCAUAUCGAUGCACAAGGUUUGCGUCCCCUCUCUUCCAAGGUUGAGGCCAUUCGUGACUUUCCUCCACCAACCUCCAAGCGUCAGCUGCAACGUUUCCUUGGCAUGGUAAACUUUUAUCGCCGGUUCCUACCGAACUGUGCCGACCUUAUGCUGCCACGCACCAACUUGCUCUCUGGUCCCAAGGGUCCCCUUGAGUUACGUGGCCACGCGCUGACUGCAUUUGAGAGAAUAAAGACCUCCCUUGCUGAUGCUACCUUGCUCACUCAUCCUGCUCCAGAAGCCCCAUUGUCCCUGAUGGUUGAUGCUUCGACCGUUGCCGUAGGAGCAGUCCUCCAACAGCAUAUCAACAACUCGACACGACCGUUGGCAUUCUUCUCCAAGAAGCUUUCACCUGCCGAGACGAGACAUAGCACGUUUGGCCGUGAACUUCUUGCCAUUUACCUAGCCGUAAAACAUUUCCGACACUUCCUUGAGGGUCGUGACUUCACCAUUUUCACAGACCACUAA